GUUUCGGAAGUGACAACCAGCUCCAAGGUAUACCAUACAGUGAUGUUCAAACAACAACGUAACACGAAAACUAUCUACGGAACGUCCAGGCCUGGGAUAAUGGUUCCAGGUGCAGGUGUAUUCCUGUGCCUGUUUUUGCUAUGUGUCCCACAAACCUCGUCAUCUUGUAACCAAGUUCGGUUCUCCCUGGUUGGCAGUCCGACAGGGGUGAUAUUCUAUAACAAUCUACUGGUCAGAAAGAUGACAGCGACGGCGCUGGAUUGUGUCCACAAGUGCACUGGUGUACAGGGCUGUGUGGGGUACAAGUUUUACCCUGUUAACGGCACGUGUGACAUGAGAUCUUUCCUCGUGGAACAAGGAGCAGCGACGGACCAGGGAUUCACAUCGUACACACGAUACAUCGAGGUGUACAACAUCGCCAUUGGCAAGACAGCUUCUGUGAGUUCCACUGCCUACCCCCAAUAUUCUCCCCCAAAAGCUCUGACUGGAGGAUGUGCCUGGAGUUCAUACAGUACCAAUCCCUGGUGGAAGGUGGACCUUGGUCAGCCCUACAACAUCUACACCAUUCAAGUAACCACCUCAGAUUCGUGUUGCGCCACGGAUCCAAUUGCAACCCUGGAAGUGGCGCUGGGAAAUGGCUGUCCGCCGUCGACUGCCUGCCCGGACACUUGCACCAAAACAUGGGGGCUCCUUGCACCUAGCAGUGUUCAGGAGUUCUCCUGUGCAUCAUUGUCCGGAUCCUACCAGUACGUUGAACUGAGGGUACCUGGUGAAUCUAAACAAUUAAGAGUAUGUGAUGUCAAGGUCAUUGGCAAUUAAACAGUAAUAUCCAAUUUGUAAGAGAUUACCAAGCGUUGGAACAGGUUUAUCCAAUCUGUCCCUUUACAUGAAAUUGAAUUGUGCUUGUUGGAUACAUUUCUGCUACCCAUAGUCUCAGUCCUACAUACACUGGUCAUUACAUGUCCAUAAAGAGCCCGAAAAUACAGGAAAUGCAUAAUUUGUCCUCUUGACUUACACAAUAAAUUAGUUCGCGGAUAUUGCUGGAUGUUUCGAGAAAUAAUAUGUUUCAAAAGAAUUGUUUGACUCCUCCUUUGAGAGAAACAUUGUGUAUGGCUUGAAGUACUUGGUUUUCAGUCAAAUAAGCAUCCCUAGGUAGCACAUGAUGAGUCCUGGGGUGGUUAUUUGGAUGCUUUCGUUGGGUAUCACACCUGCAGCACGUUUGCACGUAAUUAUAGCCUUUAUGACAGACACAAAUUACCUUUACAUCACCAUACAUGUAUACCCUUUUCCGUAUACAGUUUGACCUAUUGUUCUAGACAGUUGAAUUCAUUCACGGAUUGGUGGAAUAUUUCAAAUCACAAAGGGGACUAUGUGCAACACAAGAUUAUGUGGUCAGAAGACAAUUAAAGCCAUAUUGGACUCCCCGCUGAUCAUUAUCACAAUAUCCGAACAUUUCAUAACCACAGAUUAAGAUUGAUAAAAUCAUAACAGAAAAAAAGAUUUCUGCAUUUUGCAAUGGUAGCAUACCGCUUUUUUUGUUUGUGAAGUUUAUAUAUCAUAAAACAUAUGUUGUGCUUUUAGAUAACAUUGUCGUCUCAUGAGUUAGGUUGUAAUGACGAUUUAGAAUUAUUUAUAACGUGGCAGUGCCUUUGAAGUACCAUUUCUCAAAUCUCCAUUCCUUAAUACAAUUUCUUCUUUUGUUGUAACGACUGUCCAUAUUUGUCGUGAACAUAUUCUAUGAAGUGUUUUUGUUGUAACGACUGUCCAUAUUUGUCGUGAACAUAUUCUAAGGAGUGUUUUUGUUGUUGAAGUCGAUUUGCCGUAGCUACUGUACAACUGAUGUUGCUGUGCAUGUUGUAAAAUUAAAGUACACACUUGAAACACAAGUCAGAAAUUGUUCACAGAGGGAAAUGCUUAAAAAGGUUGUAAGUAACGAAAGUCAUAACUUGGCCAUUCUGUUUCUUUGUUUGUUUUGCUCAGCUAUAUUCCAGCUACAAGACGGCGGCCUGUAAUUAAUUGAGUCUGGACCAGACAAUCCAGUGAUUGACAUCUUGAGCAUCGAUCGAUGAGCAUUUGGGAUCGAUGACAUGCAUCAACCAAGUCAGCAAGCCUGACCAUUCGAUCCCGUGGCCAUUUUGUGGUCGAUUGACGAAUAUUAUUUAAGUUUGAGACUCAACAUUCAGUGUGCUUAUUUACGUUCUUCUUUGUUACAUUAACAAUAAAU